AUGGUCCGUCUCGCUUCUUCUCUCCUCGCCGGUGUCGUCGGCCUCGCCUCGAUGGCGUCUGCCCAUCCCGGCCACAACGUCAAGGCCGAAGCCGCUGAGCGUGCUGCGGCCCUCAACAACCUCCACUCGCGCAGUCUGAGCGGCUGUGCCACCAACCUUCGUGCUCGCGGCCACGAGCAGGGCAACGUCGCCCGUCGUAACCGCGCCGUGCAGAACUUGCGCAGAAAGAGAGGUCUCGAGACUCGCGCUCCUUUCCUCAAGGCUCGCGAUGAUGCUCCCUUGAACAUUACCCACCACUCUUCGUUCGAUGCGACUCCCUCGACUGACCCCUCGGUUCUGUUUGCUUCCAACGCAAGCUGCAUCCUUGCCGAGGACGUUACUCAGGGCCCUUACUACGUCUCCGGCGAACUCAUCCGUUCCAACCUCGUCGAUGGCCAAGAAGGUGUCCCCCUCUUCCUCGACAUCCAGCUCGUCGACACCAACACCUGCGAGCCCGUCCCCGAAGUCUACCUCGACUUCUGGCACUGCAAUGCCACCGGCGUUUACUCUGGCGUUACUGCCAGUGGAAACGGUGACUCUUCGGACGAGUCCAACUUGAACGCUACUUUCCUCCGUGGUCUGCAGAAGACGGAUAAGGAUGGUGUUGCGCAGUUUGAGUCGAUUUUCCCCGGUCACUAUACCGGUCGUGCUACGCACAUUCACGUCCUCUCUCACCCCGCCAACGAAACUACCGUCAACAAGAACGACACCAUCUCCGGCCUCUACACCUCCUCUUCCUCGCACGUCGGCCAGAUCUUCUUCGACCAGGACCUCAUCACCGAAGUCGAGAAGAACGCUCCUUACUCCACCAACACCCAGGAGUUGACCGAGAACAGCGACGACGACAUCCUCCUCCAGGAGCUCGACAGCAACAUUGACCCCUUCAUGGAGUACGUCUACCUCGGUGACAGCGCGGCCGAUGGUAUCUUUGCUUGGAUCUCCGUUGGUAUUGACCCGACUGUUGACACGAGCGUUACGCCUGCUGCUUACUAUACCCAUGAUGGUGGUGUUGAGAAUGAGAACAGUGGUAUGGGUAUGGGUGGUGGUGGUGGUGCACCUCCUUCUGCUCCUGGUUCUGCUUCUUCUUCCUCUGCUUCGCCUUCGGCUUCGGCUUAG